AUGGUUAACUCCCCCUUACCAACAGAUCUUGCAGGUAAGGUUGACUCGGGUUAUUAUGUCGGUUAUGAAGAAACUGUAGUUUCACUCCUAAAACGUCUUUUAACAUAUUUAAUAGGAGAAUGCAGAAAAGCAGCAAAAAUAUUGAAUAGCUUUAUUGACCCAAUUGCCGCAAAAGGACCCGAUAAGGUUAUUCCCGCAAAUAUUUUACAGAAUGCAAAAGGAUUCGCAAUCUUUACUGUUAUUAAGGCAGGAUUUUUAUUUUCGGGAAGAGCUGGAUCUGGUUUGGUCGUUGCAAGACUUGAUGAUGGAUCUUGGUCCGCUCCCUCAGCAAUCGGCACUGGUGGUAUGGGAUUUGGUGGACAAAUUGGAGCCGAAGUUACAGAUUUUGUGAUUGUUUUGAAUAGCAGAGAUGCUGUAAAAUCCUUCAUGACUGGUGGUAAUGUGACUUUGGGUGGCAACCUCUCAGUUGCUGCUGGUCCUAUUGGUAGAACGGCUGAAGGUGCAGGAUCAGUAUCUCGUGGACAUGUUGCCGCUAUAUUUUCGUAUAGUAAAACUAAAGGAUUAUUUGCAGGUGUCUCGAUUGAGGGAUCAGUCGUGAUUGAGCGUAAAGAUGCCAAUGCAAAAUUCUAUCAUCGUAAAGUCAGUGCCAAGGAACUUCUCUCAGGAUCAGUCGCGCCCCCAGCUCAAGCAGAUACGCUUUAUCGUGCGCUCAACGCCAAAGCUUCGCGUACAUCACAAGAUUCUACAGCUACUGUAACACGGGGAGCAACCUCACGAAGUGGUGGUAGUAGCAAUAAUAACAAUAGAAACAGAUUGGCUCUUAGUACCAGUGAAACUAAUAGAUUCAGUCAACCACCUCCAUAUAACAGCAUUGUAAACGAUAAUAAAUCAGACGAAAAUGGAUCAUCAGUGCAACGCUCGAGAUCAUUAUCACAUAACAACGACAAUCUAAGCUAUAAACCUCCGGUUGCUCUGAAACCCAGACCACGUGUUCCCAAACAACUUACCGCUAUUGCAUUAUUUGAUUUUGCCGGUGAGCAACCAGGUGAUCUUGCGUUCAAUAAAGGUGAUGUAGUCACUAUAAUACAAAAAUCUGAUAGUGUUAAUGAUUGGUGGACUGGAACAUGCAAUGAUGUUGAGGGGAUCUUUCCCGCUAAUUAUGUUGAAUUACAAUAA